CUGGUGAUCACUAAGAAUAACUGGGCUCACCGUGGGACUGGCCUGGACCAGCCACAGAUUCCCACGACCCCUCCUCUACACACACUGAGAGAGACUAAUCAAAACACAGGCUGCAUAGACGCACAGAGCAGCGAGGAGACCCAGACAGGCAGAGCAGCUUUGCACCACUUUUAGUAAGACUGUUAUUUACUAUAAAAGCUUCAUUUCAGGCUCUGCAGCGCCCGCUGUUGCGCCGCUGGCUCACACAGUAAAGCCAAGGAUGAAAAACGUCUUAAUCUGAGGAGGAAUUAGGUGAAAGUGAGGAUUUAACCGCGAAUCAAAGUGGUGGAAAAGACACACGGGAGUGGGAGGAAUAACGCAACUCAUGGUUAUUUAUUUUGAUAAUGCCGAGGAGCCUGUUUCUGCUUCGGAUUUACGUCCAAAACAAGUCUGAAGCCAGAGGAUGACAGCAGCCAGUCCUGUCUGCAGCCCUGCCUCCUCCCACUCCACCCGGUCAUCACCUGUUUGCCACUCAGCAUGCCACAGACACCUGAGGAAAGGCAAAGCCUUCCAAACCAAACUGCAACUGCGUUCUGCCCCAGGCGUGUGGCUAAUGCUGGGUGUAGCGGUGGUUUUGGUGGGGAUGAGUGUUGCGGUGGCGGGCUACGUGUCUGCAGCACCAAAGCCCGCGGGCGGCCGAGGCAGCACCCACAUUGAGAGGAUGAAACUGGCUGGGCCCAUGGUCAUGGGAGUGGGCCUGUUCAUUUUCAUCUGCGCCGCCACGCUGCUGUAUGAGAACCAGGACGAAGUCCUCAGACGAGAGACACCUGAUGACCUUGAGGAUCUGAAGGGAGGAAAUGGCUGGGAGGAUUCGCAGGAGCAGCCCAGCUUCAGCUGUCAGGAGCAGUGGGAGUGUAAAGAUGGAGAGCAGGGAUCCUGGGCCACUCCGGCCCACACACUCCCCCUCUCGAACCAGAACUGUGGUCCUUCUCUCCUUCUUUCUCCACCUCGCAGGAACAGACACAACAUCAGCAGCAGACCAUCACCACCGCUUUCAUCAAAUGCAGGAGGUAGAGAUAAAGAGGAGGACAGGGAGGAGGAAGAGGAGGAGGAGAUGGAGGGAAGAUCAACCCUACUGGCCCAAGUUCUGCACCACCAGGAGCCAACUCCUCACCCUCCUUCCCCCUGCCUGUCCAUCUCUAACUCCUCCGUCUGCUCAGACUCUUGCAACUCUAGUGAAAUCAACUUCAACAUACGGACAGGCUCUUCUCCGCCACAUCAACACUGAACCCCCUACUGGUUCAACUUCUACUGUCUCAUAAAAUAUGCAUGAUGAGAUGCAUUCGAACGCUUCACGUGCAGACACACACUAAAGACAAGACUAUGCAUUCCUCAAUAAACAGAUUAAAUGUUUGUUGGUAUGUUUUAGUGCCUCCGAGUGGCGCAGUGGCUCUUAGUCACUGUCUGUGAAGGGUGUUUUUGUGCUACAUCGUUCUCUGACUCACCCACGUUUGAAAGAUUGGAGCUAUGCUGUUUGAUGUCAACUCGCCAUCUUGUCUUUCAACUCACCCAUGCCCAAAACCCCUAAAGACACUGCUUGUUUGACCAUAUUUGGACGUGAGGAGGAUAGCUGAAAACUUAUUUGGGUGCCAUACUGGGAGAUAGACACACUCACACCCUCUCUCUCUCUCUCACACACACACACACACAUCUUCCAUGCAGAGGAACAGCGUCUACAUUUCCUUGCUGGAGUGGUUUGGUUAAGAGAUGAACCAGAUUAGGUCUCAAAUGAGUCUUUAUCUAAUCUCACACAUACUGUAAUCUACUCUUUAUCUGAGGAAAUUGUGUCUCAGUACAAACAAGAGAAGCACACAAGGCCACACUCCCCUCGCUCGACACCUACAGCCACGCUAUAAAUACCAGCUGGUUCUCUGUACACAUGCAAGUGUGGACUCGGGUUUCAGUUUUUUACCGUAAUUCAACCUUCUUUUUUUUUUUUAAAUUCAGUGUCAGCUGCUCAGUUGUCUCCCUUUUCGCGAGUGUGGUGAGGCGAGAUCUUUUCAAUCAGAGGGUGGAUAGAAAGAAAAGAGCAAUGACUUUUAAAAAAAAGAAGCAAAAUCUGGUGAGGCUGUUAUAAGUUAUUCCUGACGCUGCUUAACUGAGAAAAGCGGUCCUGUGAGUCGUGUAACUGAAGCCUCACUCUCCCACCAUCCCGACCUUUCAUCUCCUCUCUCUUCAUCAUCUGAUUCCUACGCUUUAUUCAAAUACUCCAUCCUCCAUCUCAAUCCUUGGCUUCUGCAAAACAGCGAAGUAGAGAAAAUAGAGCAAAACAAUGCAGAGUAAAAUGUUGUCGGGACCAAUUAAGCAAAAGCUUAGUUUGAACAGGCUAAGGGGUAAGGGGGUAGGAUUUUAAUUAUCGCCAGCAUUUUCUCCUCCAGCCUCUAAUUACACAGGGGAUCAGUCUGAAGGUUUUUAUAGGUGCUUUAGGACUGUGGAGUAUUUCCUUGUUGUUUGGGCCCAUGCUGGGAUACUGCCAUCCAGAUGACGACCGAGACUGAAGUGUACAGUAAUUUGCAGCCACACAUUUCACUCACUAAAAGCAGCACCCAUCUCUCUCUCUCACACAUAUACACACACACUCAGUAGAGAGGGUUUUGUGUAGGUACAGUAUGGUGUUUUAAGAUGCUGGAUGUAUCUUUCAGUAGCAGGGAUGAGUUGGGGAGAUGUGUCUGAAUCUUUCAACAAGCUGCAAGCAGCCUCCUUCGCACUUAUCGCUCAGAAAAGCAGCUCUCGCCGCACUCUCACACAUACAUGAUUCCUUCUGAGCGUCAGAUCUCUGAUGUGUUUACAUUUAGAAGGAAAGAUGCUGGAUUGUAGAGCUGCAACUAAAGAUUAUUUUCAUUACCGAUUAAUCUGCAGAUUAUUUUCUCAAUUAUUGUCAAAUCUUUUUGUGUACACUCAGUCACUGGUUUAUUAGGUACACCCAGCUAAAACUAAUGUGGUCUUAUAAAACAGACCCGAAAUAAAUCCUACCUUCUCAAUGUUCAAUUUUAGAGAGGUUUUGUGGUCAUUUUGGAGGCCGCAGUUUGUAGUGCUGUUUAAUUGUAUUGUUAUACUGACAGUCUAUUAUUUUGUCCACCCCAUUUAUAUCAAUGAGGGUAGGGUCUCUGUAAUAAUGCAGUACAGUUCAAUAGCACCACAAGCUACAUCCUCCAAAAUAUCACAAAGUUGUCAGAAUGUAGUGAAAAUAUACUGAAAAAUAAGUCUUUAAUUCUUCCAACAGUCUAAAACUCAAAGAUACUGAGUUUACUAUCAUAUAAGACAAAAAAAGCAACAUUUCAGAAGCUGAAACUAGCAAAUGUGUGGUAUUGUUGAUUAAAAAAUGACUCAAACAAUUAAUCAACUAACUGUUUCAGCUCUGCUAGUAGCAGGAAUAAUUGUGCUCCUGUUUCUUCAUACACAUGUUGCAUAUAGAGUUCGAUUUACCAGGCGUUAAUCCUGAUGUUCAGAAAUAGACUGUGAAUUCAGAUGUGAAAUGUCUUUGAAUCUGACACUAAACACACACAUGCAGGCAGCACUGCAGCAACACAGAAUAGAAGAAGUCUUUGAGGUUUCUCAUGCGUACAUCAGAAUGUGUGUGUGUGUGUGUGUGUAUGCGACAGUGUUGUUACAUAAUUCAGCGACACACAUUUUUUGCUGCAUUGAGAAUAUAACUGAAUCGAAUUCCCUCCUCUGAGAGAUUAAUGUGCGAGUGUGUGUUGAUACAUAUCUGGGCAGACGGAUGGGAGGCUGUAAGCUGCUUAAACCCUGCGCUGAGUCAGGACGCAUGCUAUUUCUCUGUUCCUUAAAAGAGAGAAGAGCUUUGAUCAACAUUUUCUGGUAUAAAGGAUGUGAGUGACUGAGGAUCAACCAGCCUGAAGAUGCCGGUUUAAAAAACUGUUUUUUUUAACUCAAAGACUUCACCUGUUACAGCAGGAAAAGGGAUUCAGUUAAGACAUCUCUGUAAAAAGUGGGAAGCAUCAGCUGGAUGGAGAAAUGUUUUUUCCACCACCUUUGUCUACAUCUUGUAUUCAGUAUUUCAUCAAAACAUAGGGACGAGUUACCAGCCUGGUUUUAUAUGUAACAUUCACACUGUAUCUUCUGUUAAAACAGCUAAUAAACCAAAUUACACUUUCUGACAUUUAA